AAAAGUAAAAUCGGUUUCGUUGGUUACAAACGCACCAGGCUCAUAUACGACUUAAAGAUGUCCGACGAAGAGGGAUUUGAUCAGUUUAAGUCGUUUGAUAUUACGGACAAAACCUAUCGUCGUUUAACUGUAAACGGCGUUUACCGCGCAGUAUUUGAGGGGAAUCUUCCUGAGGUGCAACAAGGAAUCGAAAAGGGACAUCGUAUAAAUGAAAGACUGCCUCGUAGCCAGUUCUCUCUUCUACAUUUAGCAAUUAUGAGACAAUAUCGAAAUAUUGGAAUACUUGCUGUCGAGGGAAGGCGUAUUCGUGAACAUUAAGUGCUAUGACGACAGAACACCUCUUAUACUAGCAGCCGAAUUGGGCCGUUUUGAAUCAGCGGAGAGACUCGUUCAAGCUGGAGCCGAUUUGGACGUCUACAACGACAAUUCCUACCCCCUUCUGCACAUGUCGCAGGGGUCUCCGAAAAUCUGCCAGCUCUUCAUACGACACGGCGCUGAUAUCGAUAUCACUAACGACUUUGGGGGCACGUUGUUGCACGAAGCGGUGUGCAAUAAACGUCUAGAAAUAAUGCACAUGCUGCUGUACUACAACGCCGAUUCCAACAUUGUGGACUUGUACGGCCGUACCCCUUUCAUGGAGGCGCUCGCGUGUCGUAAUCUCGAAGCCCAGGAGGCUUUGCUAGAGUACGUGGACGACUUCAACAGAACCAGCUACGGCGGCAAAAAGUACGGUUCGACUUUGAACUUGGCUCUUUGUACCAACUCACCGUUUACUAAAGACAUAAUAGAACGUGGCGCUGACGUCAAUUACGGUGACGAUCCGAGGGACACGAGCGCGUUUUCUGCUUGUUUACAGAACUCUGUGGAUCCGUCUACGUUUAAGAUGGUGUGGGAGAGGCUCCGUUACAACGAAGCCAAGAUCGAUUUCUUCCGUUUGUUGAACUAUAGGGAAGUGGUGCCGACGUUUCUCCAAGUUAUAAUCGAGAGUGAUAAUUUUGAAUUAGCCACGAAGUUUUUGUGCACGAAUUCAUUUAGGGUGUUCGUCUUUGUAUUCGCUUCGCGGAAAUACGCGCUCGAACAGCUGACAGCUCUUACGUGUCGUUUGAUAGAGUACGGGUUUCACGCCAGUAGUUACGAUAUCGACGCGAUAUUCUCCCGCUACGGGUACUGCGAACUGUUCAGACUACUGUUGUAUAUGGAUAACGACUUCACGCGAGGUUGGCUACCUCAUAUGGCCCUUGUAAGGUUAAUGUUAGAUAUCGACUACGACUUAGAGAGCGCCGUCGACGAAGCGGACGAUAUUCCUAGGAAGAACGUGGUGCAGUUGUUGGAGUAUUCUAUUUGUCCCCGCUUAAUCGAUGCUCUGACGGUAAAAUAUAGCGACGAUGAAGGAAUGAUGGCUAUUUUAGGUGAAUUACCGAGAGUGCGUUCGUUGCUGGAAUUGGCUAGGAACGCAGCCAGGAUACACGUCUGGCGAGCGUUUAAAAUCACGGACAACUGCCAGUUUUACACCACAAUCGACCACUUGGACAUGCCUACUUUGUACAAGAACAUUUUAACGUUUAGAAAAAAGAUAUACAGGGUUGUACAGUAAAAUCCAACGCUAACGAGACAUUCUGUAUAUUAAUGCAACUUGAUUUACAUGACAUUAUUUUUAUAAAAUAUUUAUACACGUUGAAUAUAUUUUUUAAUUUA